GGUCAAGAUCAGUCUCUAGUCAGUCGCCGCGGGAGCGGCACGCGAGAGAGGGCUAACAUAGAAAAAAUAUAUUCUUUUCGGAAAAAAUUUUUUGAUUUUGCCGCCCGAACAAAACGAGCUUUUGUGUUACUGGAUUGUGUCACCAACGGAUACAGGAUCGUGUCAUGCCUCCGGUCCCGACGACGCCUCAAGCGCACCCCCAACACCCUCCUGAAACGUCUACCAUAAACUUGGAAGAAGAAGGUGGAGGUGGUUGGUACAUCCCGAGGCCGGCUCUUUGCAGAAAUGACACAACUUGUACCUGUACGACCACUACCGAGAGGUCUAUUCAGACAGUCAACGAGUGGCUAUCACCAACACCAUCUAGUAAUACCAGUACUCAGAGUGGUUCUUCCGGUUCUCUGCUGCUCACUGCAGCGAACCUUGCAGGGCUCAGGCUAGAGCCGAGAAAGGAUGUAGACGCAUGUUCGAUUGCCUCUUCGACCCAUUUUACAAUGGUCAACUUUGGAAACACAAAGUGCAAAGAGAGAAAGCAGUCCUGCUGUGCAAAGCACCACAUAAGUGCUCUUGUCAUCACAAUGUGUGCUCUGUUUCUCGUAGGCCUAUCUGCUGCUAUUUACUAUAUAGAAAUGAGAUCGAGAUCUGUGAAAUAUUCUUGAUUAGGAAAGUCUCCCAACAUUUAACUUUUUUAAAUUAUUUAAUCAACAGUAUUAUGUUUUUGAGAAAAAUUUCAACUGUAAACAUGAACAAAAUUCAAAUUUUUAAUACAAUGGUUGAGAAGAUGUGUAGGCAAAGUUGGUCUACUUUGCAAGAAUUAGAAUUUAUUAAUUUAUGAUUGUAAAUAUUCAUUGAAUGGAAGGUGAGUGCAUGGAUUGAUUAAAAACACGUUAAAAAUAUUAAGCAACUUCAAUUUGACAAAGAAAUCCUUCUUUCAAUACGCCCACAAAAUUUGCAAUUUGUAAAUAUGGGUCUGUGGUGUAACUGGAAAUAAUACGCAAACUAUUUUGAAAUGGGAAAUUGAAAGAAAGCUUUUAUUCUUUGUAGUUUUCAAACCACCAAAACUUUUAGAUUAGAAUUUAAAUCUGUGCAUUGACUGUGAUUGAAAUUAGCUUACAUCAAAAUCAUCAUAACUGCAAUUUUCUACUGAAUAGUAGAUAUAAUUAUCGAUGUACAUUUUUAGAUCGAUAUGAUAAAAUAUAAGGAUUAUAAUUUACUUUAAAUUUAAUUGUGAUAUGUAAUAGUAUGUAGUGUAUUUCUUAUUAAACGCCCUUAAGUAAUGUGUUUUAUAUUCACCCUAAACUUCUUACACUAAAGUACUUGUACAACCUGUAUAAACGCUCUGUUUAUACAACUAAAAGAAAACAAUGUCAAAGCUUUAAGAAAGAAGACUGGUAACAAAGUUUAUUUUAAUGUUUAAUUUGUAAACAUUUUUGUAGAUAUUUUUUAAUGUUUUGUGAAUCUUUUAUUGUU